CACCACUGCUCGCCGCGACGAUGGUGAGCAGCAACAAGCGGAUGCGGGGCAUCGCCGUCUCGCGGCCCAUCAUCAUCGGAAGCACCGCGACGCCGUUGUCCGAUGCCGAGAAGCUGACGGCGCCCCCGGACCACACGCACAAAUGGACCGUCGCCGUGCGAAGCGCAGCCUCGAAUCCGCUGCCCACGGUGCCUGGCUUUAGUGCCAGCUCCAAAGCGGACGUAGCAACAGCGGGGAGACCAAAGACUCCGGCUGCUGACGAAGGAAGCGCCGGUGGGUCUGGCACCCCUGGUGUCAGCACAGGCGUCAGUACGAGAGGGCGAGAGCAAGAGACAGACUACCAUAAGAUGGUCGGCGGCAAAGACGAUCUGUCGCACUUUGUCAAGCGGGUACAGAUCAAGCUCCACGAGACAUAUCCGCAAUCGACAAGGAACAUCGACCGGCCCCCUUUUCAAGUGACCGAAACCGGCUGGGGUGAAUUCGACAUUCAAAUCAAGAUCUUCUUCCAGCCAGAGUCAGGCGAAAAGCCGGUGACGUGCUUCCAUCGGCUGAAGCUGCAUCCUUGGCAUCCCAUCGCCGUGUACCAUCAGGAUCCGGCAACAGCGCCGGCCCCGGCUCUCAACACGGGGGCCGAUGAAUCGGCGGCAGCAGACCAAGUCCCAGCACCUGCGGAAAGCGCAGAAAAUGAGCAAGAUGUCACAAUGGCCGAGGUUGCGCCACCGGCGACGGAUCCUGAUGUAGCAGCAGAAGCGCCCCAGCAAGUCAAGCUGGAAGAUGGCACACUGCCAAACAAGUCGCUCCCACCGCCGCCCCCCGUCGUCCAUUCAUGGACUUAUGACGAGAUUGUCUUUCCCGAGCCGACUGAAGUCUUUUACGAUGUGCUCUUGGCCCACCCUCCCACACCCCUUCCUUCGACCUCGGCACAAGCCUUCGGCGAUCCGGGCGCGUUCAGGAGCUACAAAGCUGCCCUCGAGCAACUGGAAGAGGGACGAGAUCUGAAUGCCGACUCAGGCAUCAAGCCGCCGCACCCGCUUCACAACACCUCAGGCGCUCUGUUUGACGCAUUGUCGCAGGAGGCGAUUCAGUCCGAGGCAGAACGCCUGGACAAGGCUCGCGCCUUUGCCAUUCAAGAGCUCGAGGAGACGCGGAAAAGGCUCAUCGAGGGUGAGAAGCUGCUUCGCGAGAGUCGCAAAAAGGGAGUAGUGUGAUACUUUCAAUCUGUACAAUCAAUGUAAUUUACAAGUUUGAGAACGGAGCAGUGGUUCUGGGGCCACGAAGCGCUCCUCCAGGAUACUUCGUCUCCCCCCGCACACAAGGGCAAGGGUAUGGGAAGGCGGCAUUAUGUUUCUAUAUUCAAUCAAGCUAGCCAGCACCGAGAUUAUUUACCACCCUUGAGCUUCUCCAAGAAAUCAUCCUUGGCAUCUGUCUCUGGGUGAACCUGGAUAUGGCCGCCCUGAUAGAGCUGCCAGGAGCUGACGCUGGGAUCACCCGCG